AUGACUGGGACCCUGGACUACCUGGAUGAAAGGAGACCGAACUGGAUAAUUGCGGAGAAAAUUAUAGGUAGGCGAUAUGACAAACAUAGCUAUGAAAAUGAAGUGCAAUCUGGAACUUACGUCGCAGAGACAACAAGAAAAUCAAGAGCCAAUUUCCAAUCAGAAAGAUCUGUGAAAAAUUAA